CCCAAAGAUGCACUCCCUUCUCUUCACUCUUAGCGCCCUCCUCGCGCUCGCAGCAGUGCACGCCGCGCCUGGGAGUCAGCCAUCCAACGUGCCCACCUGCACUUUUAGCUGUCCCCCCGUCGAUCAACUCGGCUUCGCCGUGGGUGCUCACAGCAACGACGGAACAAACUUGUUCUGCAGCUACCCCGCCGUUGCGGGUGAAGAUGCUAACGACUUUUUCUGCAAAUACUCCGAGACUACUGGCGCACUCACGCAGGACCACGACGCUGGUCUCUGUGCCGCUACAGCUACCUCCUCCUGCAUUACCCGUCGUAGCGCAGUCCCUCGGGCUCCAGCCCCUCCAAUGGCAGCUCCCGUUGCACGCGCACCUACUCCUGAGGAAGUCAAGAGGAGGGCAAGCUUGAAGAGGCGUAAACCAGUUCCCGUCGAGGCUUAAGGGUCUCUGGCACGCGCAGCCGAUGACGACGUUUAAUGUGUCGUCAGAAGCUAUCCACAGGAGCCCU